AUGUCUUCAGUAGUGUCUACUCCCCAAGGCAAAGGUUCCCCCAGCUCUCAUUCCACAGGUCACCUGCCGCUCAAAAACCAUGGGUUUCCGCCUAAGCUUGAUGCCCAACUGCCAAAUCCCGAAGCUUCUCCCUCAUCGGCUAUUCAGGAGACUCAGCCUCAUAUACCCCAGGAUGUCCUGGAAAUUGCAAAGAAGCCAGUGACGUCGCCUGAGCCAGUUGCUGGAAUCCCGUUUUCACAAUUUGUUGCCCAGUUCCAUCUUAAACAACAUCAAGAAGCCCAGAAGCGCAGCCUCUUGCAACGGCUACGUCAUUUUCGCGUCUCCAUUUGUCUUUCUACUCGGUUGCUCAGGCUUGGAGCAAUCUCUCAAAAAGGGUUAGUUGAAAGUUUUAAGCUGGGCGAUAAGGCUAGUUUUAUUUCGAUUUAUAAUAACAUCCAUGAUGUCCGUGAGGCAUGUGAGCCCUCCACGCAUGGUAUCAACAAUCCUUCAGUCCUGGGUCACGAUUCUCUCCUCGGAUUCUCUGGUACUUCCGCUUCUGAUUCGGAAAUCCGCCGCCCCUAUAGUUUUGUGCACCAACUUACUCCAACCUCCAGGGAAUGUCUACUGGAAAUUCUGAGUUUGGUCCGCACGGAUCCUCAAUUCCUUUUUGAGCGCAUUGGUAACUUACUUCCUUCUCAGCUCUCUGCGCUCGUCCCCUCUGUCCACACACUUGAAGUCAGUGAUUCCGUUUUCCCUCUCGCGUCUCGCGGAAGAACAACGCAGCCGCUAUUCUCCAAACGUACGACUGCACAUGCCACUGCUUUCAAAGAGCAUGUUUUGGGUUUCGAGAGGACCGAUCCUCUCUCUGCUUUGAUUUUUAAUGUUUUUGCUUCUUUUGGGAGUACCGACUCCCGCGAGGCCCAGUUACGUUUGGAUGUGUGGUCUUCCACCUGUGCAAAAUUGGUAUCCUAUGGUGGAAGCAGUCAUUAUUCUCUAGUUGGCUACCUUCUGUCCGCCUGGUCUACCUCCACCGAAUGGAAGGCUACACCCAAAUUUGAGAUCUAUUUAAUGGAUGUUCUCCAGAAAGGUGCUUUCCUCCUGCAACACCCAGAAACCCCACGACGACUUGGCCACGAUGGCGAACUCCCUGAUCCUCUGCGAACUAGUGUUGCCGAGGAGUUUUUCCAAUCUGCCGUUCGGGACCUAUUUGAAGUCCUAGAUGACUCGGAUGGAGGUUUUCCACGUGGUGCUUUGGAGUUCGGGAAUGCUGUUCUUUCUAAGCUUGGAAUGACUGAGAGCCGAAAACGAGCUGUGGAGUAUAUAAUUUUCCAGUGGUUCUUUUGUAAAUUCAUGCAUAAUGUGCUUUUAUUCCCGGAGCUUACGUUUCCCGGCUUAGUCUAUUGGCCUCAACUUUCAUACUUUGACGCUAAAAUUAGAAUCCAUAUUGACAAUAUGCUUUCCCACCUUUGUAAUCCGAUUUCAUCGUCCCAGGUUACCAUCAACCCGCCCGUUGCGCAGCCAGCUACGAAACAAAACUUACCCGAACGGUUCCUACUUUUGUCUCCAACGGAUAUCAUGACUAUUUUGGAUGUUCUUUUCCCUAAGGCCCCCCCUACCUUUUUCAACUCUUCAGACUCAUUCAAUCAUCACAAUCACUCCGUUCUGUCUUCUCCUAAUAAUUCUUUCUUUCCACAAAAUGACGCCCCUGGCCGAUGUUUUGAACCAAAUCUUUUCCAGGGAAGGAUUGAUACUCUUUCUUCUCGCUCAUCCACCGCAAAGACUGUGUUCACCACUGAAAUGAGUUUCCAGGAUGCAACCAGGUCGUACGCAGUGCCGGGCACUAAGCCAGUAAGCCCGGUAUCUCCACAAAACUCCCUUACCAGAAAUGCAGAUCGCAUUCGGUAUGAGCUAUCUGAGAUCAACGAGUCGGAGGAUCGCCCCACAAUGGGUCGCCCAUCGAGCGAGGACUGGGCAUUGAUCUCUGUUUCAAACGACGGGAGAACCGUUGCAUUGAUGCCUUCUCUGGAUCAGGAGUUGGAGUCUGGAAGGUCAUUCUCUAAUGAUGACCCAGAUAGCCGUCCUGCGUCAUCACUGGUAGACGACGAUCGGGAGAUGUUACAAAAUGCCAUCGUCAAGCUAAUAGACGAUUUCGAUCAUUUGGAGGACUUUUGCCACUAUGAUCCGAUCACUUCUGCUACUCCCGGAACAAGUGAACCCUCCCUUAAGCAGAAAUUUGCUAGCGCCAUGAACUAUAGUCAAUCCCAGGCUGACUUCGUUGGCGCCCACUACUGGUGGAAUGCAUCCCGACUUCUUCAAAAGGUUUACCCAAAUUUUUGGGUCACCGGCGAUCACUCGAAGCUCUUGAUGCCUCUGUUUUCAUCGUCGAGGAAAUCAAUCGAGACGUCUACUGCCAUCAUUGAGCAGUGUGAGAGUAGGAUAAUGGAUCUUAAGCGAGCAAUGACACGGCUUCGAUCUCUGACAGUAGAGAUGAUGACGAGUUUAACGAAGCUGAGGAAUAAGAUGUGGUAUAUGAACGAUGUCAAAAACUCACUGAGGUAUGAGGAAGCAAGAAGUGUUGCUCUCGCGUUACAAACGAUGGCUGGGCCAGCAUCGAUAUCGCCGAUUCCUGAACCCAAACCUCGCUAUGGCUCAAGAACGCUUGGCGCAUCAUUCCUUCAAAAGCCAGAAAUCCAAACUAUGAAUGCGAUGAAAGCGCCUGUAAGCCAAGGUGGCCGAUCUAAAUUGUCCGAUGAACAAGUUGACAUGACUAGCAAAUGGCUGCAGCGUUCUGGCAUUGAUAACUUCUGCAAGGGAGAGGAGCGAAUUCACCGGUUUUGCUUGGAGAUAAAAGCGGCGGUUGGGAAACUGGUUGGGGAGACAAUGUACGAAACUCCAGUUUUGUGGUCUAGUGAGCUCUAUCAAAAGGAACGCACCAUCUACGAUGCAUCUGGCGGGCGACCUAGCACUGGGCUUGGCGCGUCGUCGAGUCUUCGACCGUCAAGCAUUGCGAGUGAAGAGUCGUUAUACCAGGCGCCAUCUAGUGUGGGUGUGGGUCUUAGGACGUUUGACCAUAAUUUCCGUUCUUUAAACGAAGCGCCAUCAAUAGUGCGCAAAUCGUCAUUCCAAAGCCUUGCAUCAGAGAGAUGGAGAUCGAGCAGGGAUGCCACCUGCGGCGAUACUUCCUCUAUCGGUGACUCACCUGGUAGAGCUAUAUCGACAUCCGCCAGUGACUCCACGUUCUGGUCUCCAAUGCACACACAAGCGCAGUCCACAACGAGCGCUUCGAGCCUCCACUCUCGGCCGCCUUCGAUGUUUAGCGAUGUCUUGACAUCGAGGAGACCUGAGCGGAAUGCUCAGGGCAAAGUUGCGUUUUUAGACGAACUUAGGCAAACCCUAACGAGCUUGUUGCUGAGCGAUCUUGGCUCUCCUGUUUGGAGCUGUGGUAGCGAAACCGAUGCCUGGUUUUCAAUUUAUUUGAACCAGCCACGGAUCCAAAGGCAGAUGGAGAGACGUGCGAGGCUGGAAAGAUUUUUAGCGGAAUGUGCUUCUAGUGAUGACGAGAAUGGGGUCCCCAUGUCUCAUAAACUCAGGAGAAGCAGAUCUGCGGAUGCUAUUUUGCUUAGUGUUCACAAGCCAGCGGAACAGGAUCUACGUACACCAACCCCUACUCAGUCAUCCCCUCUCCAGGAAACACCUGAUUCGUUCCAUUUUGCGUAUGACACUGCCUUUCGUCAGUUAAUGGAGAGAUUCUCGCGACAAUCCAAUCCCUAUACCAAGCUCAAAGCACUGCAGGAUUUAAGGUCACUGGUGAUCUCAUCGCUGAGCUCUAGGAAUGAUAGUCAAGCUAAUGAAGAGCUCGGUGCUUUCGCCGAACCGCCAUUUCCUCAAUCAGAUACCGGGCGAUUCCAACGCAAUAGCUUAUCUGAAGGGUCGAAACUACCACAACCACAAACAGCUCACUACCAAAGUCCGAACCGAAACCAAACCGCAUGUUCACCUUUAUUGGGAUCAGUAGCCUCAUAUUCCACUUUCCCACCAUCUGAGACAGAGAUAAUCCUCGCGAUGCGCGACUUGAUCCAAACCAUCCAACCAAAGACCGUAUUCCGCGACCUCCAAUUCAUCUCGGCAUUUAUCCCCUCAGAAAUCCUAAACAAGACCCAUAGCGGAACCGCAUUUCUCCAAUUCGGCCUAGCUGCAUUCGCCUUGAAAGACGACGUUUGCAACAGCAUGGUUGAAAUUGCAGAUAACAUCGUCUCGCACGAACUCAGCAAACGGCAUCAGCGCCAUAACACACUAAACAACCACAGCCAUCAGCCCUCCACGGCCGCGGCCGCGGACCUCUGCCGGUUCAACGGCCUCGAGGAUGCCAAAUGGAUGUGGAUACACACGGCGCGGGAAGGAAACCCUGUCGCCCAACGCGAACUCGCCAUUUUAUACCUGACGCACCCAGAGAUUCUGCCGCGGGUGACGCUGCCGCUGACCAUGCCGCGCAACACCUUCAAGGCAGAGAUGAUGUAUAGGCGCGAUGGUGAUUCGAAGUCGGAUCCGCAGAGUAUGUGUUUGGCGCUGCACUGGAUGCAGCUGUCGGCGGCUGGGGGAGAUGAGUUGGCGAGGAACCGGCUGAGGGAGCGGGAGGAGUUUGAUUUGAUUGCAUGA